CAUUCCUUUCCUUGGAAACAACGAACAAGAUCAAUAAAAAGCUGUUUAGGAAAAGAUGGUUACGAACUUACAGACUGUAUAUUUAGACAAGCCGGCACUCCGGCAGUACGUUAUUGAUUGCUUAUCUAAUAAGUUUCCAUCAAUAAAAAUCAAUGGAGGAUAAUACAAAAACACAGAAAAUGAAAGGAAAGAAGAGUAGAUGGAAUGCUGCCAUUUCCAAUGUAACACAAAUAUCAAACAAUCUUAAUUCCAUCCAAAACCAACUCAUCAAUAAAGCUGUCUAUGUUGAUCCACUUACAUUCAACAAAGCGUCUUUUAUCUCUCAACAAGCCCACACCAUCAAGGUCAUCGAGCAAAGGGUAAAGACACUAGAACGAGAACUAGAUGUUGCCAUUUCAGAUGCUGCUCAUGCCCGAACAGAAAAACGACAGGCAGAAGCAGGACAAAAGGCUGCUGAAUUACGAGUGAAAGAGAUGAUUAUGGAGCUUGAAAAUACCACAAACGUUUUUAAAUUGCACAUGGAAGAAUUACGAGCAAAACAAGAAGAAAUAUCAAAGCGGGACAAAGAGAUCAAACUUCUGAAGACUGUUGUUCAGACACUUGGAGGAAAUGACUUAGGAUCACCCUAGCAGUAUGUAACCAAAUUGACACUUAAGAAUAAGAUCUUGGAAGCUUUGUUACAAUACACGAGCACUCAGUAUGAGCAAAUUCAGUAAGAUGAAGAAUAUUUGGCCUCUUUGCAGGAAGAGUCGGCACUUAACCUUGUAGCUUGUUGAUCACAGGGUUUUACCCAUGACAUCUGCCACGCAGAUGCAUCCAAGUUUAAUUUGAACAAAUCAAACACAUCAACUAUUCUAGUGUAACAUUGACUUGCUUGUUCUUUUCUGUUCCAUAAAUCAGUUGCAGGAUAAUUUGGUACGAA